AUGAGUGACAUACCUGUAAACAACGAAAAUUUACUCACUAAUAGAAUUGUUGAUUUUUUUGCUAAAAGGACAAUUCUGGUAACGGGAGGUUCAGGAUUUGUAGGGAAAGUACUCAUCGAGAAAUUAUUACGAUCUUGUACGAGCCUCGAAAAAAUCUACGUGAUUAUUCGUCCUAGGAAAGGAAAAACUGCCGAGGAACGGUUGCAGACGAUUCUUAACGGAUCGCUCUUUAACUGCGUGAAAGAACGCUUUGGUCCUGAUAUCGUCAAAAAAGUCCAAGCUGUUCCAGGAGACGUAAGUGCUCCAGAUUUGGGACUGUCUUUUGGAAACAGAAGAAAAUUAGCUGAAGAGACUGAAAUUAUUUACCAUUCUGCGGCCACUGUCAAGUUUGACGAACCUUUAAAAUCUACCGUUUUACUGAAAGUUAGAGGAACGAAGUUGAUGUUAGAGUUGGCGAAGGAAUGCAAAAAGUUAAUGGUUUUUUCUUAUAUAUCGACUGUAUAUUGUCAUGAAGAUCAGGAUAUUGUUUUUGAAAAAAUAUAUACACCACCAGCAGACCCCCAUCAAAUCAUUGUUUUAUGUGAAUGGCUAGACGACGAAAGCUUAAGUUUUCUUACGAAACGUUUACGAGGUCUCAGUGUUAAUAAUUACACAUUUAGUAAAGCACUCGCAGAAACUUUGGUGGCCGAGGAAAUGGAUAAUUUGCCAGUAAUUAUUCAGAGACCUUCAGCAAUAUUACCCAUCUGGAAAGAACCAAUUCCUGGCUGGACUGAUAAUGUUAACGGCCCUGCGGGUGUCUUCAUAGGUGCUGCAAAAGGAGUCAUCAGAACAAUGUACGCACGACCUGAUAUUUUUAUCGAUUGUUUACCGGUUGAUGUUGUUGCAAAUGCCCUAAUUGUCUCGACCGCUUUUUACUACAUUUACAAAAAGCUGAGAAUCUUCAACUUAACAGCGUCUGAAGAAACUGAACGUAUGGGAGUUACAACCGAGAAGGUUUUAGAAAUGGGUAAAGACAUCAUUAACAACAAGGUAGCUUUCAACACAGUUCUCUGGUAUCCAAAUGGAUCUUUAAAACAAUGUAGAAUUCAUCACUAUUUUGACUUCUUCUUUUUCCAACUUGUUCCGGCGCUACUGGUUGAUGCUAUUUUGUUCAUCAUCGGAUCAAGACCUUUUUUGUUUAAAAUACAGAAAAGAAUUUGGAGAGGUUAUGAAAUCUUGGAAUAUUAUGUAAAUCGAAGGUGGUAUUUUGAUAAUCAGCUUUCUAAAACCGCCAGAAAUCUUUUAGAGCCGGCUGAAAAGAAAAUGUUUAAAGUAGAUCCAGAAGGGUUUGAUAGUUAUGAUUAUUUUAUUCAGUGCACGCUAGCAUGUCGGCGUUACAUUAUGAAAGAACCAGAUGAAGACAUUCCAGCUGCAUUAAGAAGAAUGAAAAUGUUACGUUAUCUUGAUAUCCUUUGCAAGACUAUAUUCAUCGUUGGACUAUUUUAUUAUCUGUCUAAAUGGGUGUUAGGGUAAAAUGU